AUGAAACACUACACGCUCCUGAGCUCGUUGCUCAUAUAUGCCUCGCUAUCCUACGGACAAAUCCUCAACAUCGUCGCACACCAAGAUGACGACCUCCUCUUCAUUUCCCCCGACCUACUACACUACAUCCAAACCGGACAGGAAGUGCGCACCGUCUUCAUAACCGCUGGCGAUUCCGGCCGGGACGAAAGCUACUGGCAAGGACGAGAAGCAGGCGCGCGGUCCGCAUACGCGGUGAUGAGCGCCGCCCCGGAUUCAUGGACGGAGAAAGACGCAGGGAUCCCGGGCCACCAAGCCUCAUUGUUUAGUCUUGACCAGGAUCCAGGCAUUUCGCUCGUGUUUUUACGGCUUCCUGAUGGGAAUCUGCUCGGGCAGGGGUUUGAGGAGACGGGGAGCGAGAGUCUGCAGAAACUUUGGGAAGGGGGGAUAUCUAGGAUCCGGACUGUUAGUGGGUCUGGCUCGUAUACGAAGGGCGAGUUGGUGGAUGCGCUUGUUCACUUGACUUCAGAGUUUGGCCCGGAGCGAGUCAAUACCUUGGACUAUGUUCAGGAGUACGGAGAUGGGGACCACAGUGACCACCACUCGACCGGUUAUUUCGUCGCCGAGGCGUUGAAGCGCUAUGGGAAUGAAUCAACUCUCGCUGGGUACGUGGGAUAUCCGGUCGUCAACAAACCAAAGAACGUGGAGGGAGCAGAUCUCCUAGAUAAAAAGUUUGCGUAUUACGCAUAUGCCAGCCAUGAUCCAGUUGUUUGUGAUAGUGAUAUGGCUUGUGCUGACCCUACAUUCGCGCCGUACUAUCCCGAGUGGCUCGAGCGACGGCAUACGGUUGAUACGUCGCCGAUUGCGAACGCUGGUACUGUGCAAGUUGCUGGGUUGGAUACUGUCGUAACCCUAGAUGGGUCGGCGAGUUCGGAUCCAAGUGAUAGACCGUUGGUCUAUGAAUGGACACAGGUUAGCGGGCCAGCUGUGGACUUGAAGGACGCAGAGACGAGUCACCCUUAUUUCACGACGCCCAGUGACCCAGAUAGUCUAUCCUUUGAGCUCGUCGUGAAAAACAAGCAGACGAGCAGCAGUCCGGCUGUUGUGAGGGUGACCACCAUGCAACACCCUGAGAACAUUGCCCCCAAGGCCCGAGUGACAGCGUCAUCUUCGAAUGAUGGCUCCAGCCAGACGCCAGACAAGGCAACCGACGGCAGCACGGGUGGAUUUCCAGCAGGACACAGCAACGAGUGGGCGACUGAUGGAGGGAAAGCUGGGAGCUGGCUUACUCUCAGCUGGGAGAGCCCACAGACGAUUUCCCGGAUCGCAUUAUAUGACCGACCCAACUUGCAAGACCACAUCACAAGAGCUGUAGUCGAAUUUGACGGCGGAGAGAGAAUCGAAGUAGGAGAGCUGGAUAAUUAUGGGACGCUCAGGACGGUGAAUGCUGCAGGCAGGACGGCCAGGAACCUGACCGUGAGAAUCACCGAAGUUAGCCCGUCAACAACGAACGUUGGUCUGGCGGAGAUUCAGGUCUUCGGGACAAGUUGCCACGCAAUAUUCCUGCGUACAUUCACCGUCUUCGAAACCUCGCCGGCGGGUCUCCCCUCUGCGAGCAGUGUUGGCUGCUGGCAGGGCUGGAGUGCGUGGACGGUAUAUCGCACGCGUCCAGACGCGAGCACCGCGAGUACUACCACUACCGAUACGACCACCACCACUACCACUACCGCCGAAGCCACCCCUACCCCUACGGACGGUUCCGAAGAGGCUGACAGUGAGAGUGAAAGCACAAGCGGACAAGAUUGGAUUGCAGGGGCUGUGGUCGGGCCCGUUGCCGGUGUUGCCAUCAUUGGGGUGGCGGUCUUCUUCUACCUACGUAGCAAGAAGCGUCUGCUUGCUGCUCCCGUCCAGCAGGUUUACUACCAAGGACCGCACUACGGGCCUGCUCAGGCUGCUCAGGCUGCUCCAAAGAAUGCCGUCUCGCUCGGGACGUCGGAGUUGGCAAACGCGCAGUACCGGUAUGGCUCGACGGGAGCAGCGACCGAAACGCAGGGGUUCCCAGUGGCCGAAAUGCCCAGUACGAGACAGACCCAUGAGCUGUCGUCUCGAAGGUAG